CCAAUUAUUCCUAGCUGCCUUAGCAUGUACCUACAUACACCCACACACAUACACAUACAACAAUGCACACCGACCACCCAUUUCUUCUCCCUUUCGGCUUGUUUCGCUACAUAAUUCCCCUUUUUGUACCUAGGUACAUAUGAUACAUACGAUACAUACAGUAAUCACCUGCGAGGCGGAAUGACUGCGACUGCGCCUGCGCCUCUCCACAUUAUCUAGCUCCCUCUUCCGCGACUACGGCGAGAACGAAGACCUGCGUAAGCGCUUACGGGGCCUGUGACUGGUUGGUUCUUGCAGAUGACAUGUGGGUCUUGUAUCCUUUCUAUGAAACAAGCGUUUAAUAGUUUGGUACAUAAAGUUCAGCUGCCUUCUCUUUGUUCUCGAAGAUCUUUUUAUUUUUCCCUUUCUUUUACUCUUCUACAUACACAAGUCCAUAUUGAUCUAUCAUACCAAAUAACAUCCGUCUCUAAAUCGAACAUCUUUAGCUACGGCCCUCAAAUAUCUCACAAAUUCCAAUUUUACAAUGUCGGCAGCAGAUUAUUACGGUAACGGCGGAGGUGGUUACUCUCAACCCCAAAACCAAGGCUAUCCUUCUCAGCCUCAGUACGCCCAAUCGCCAUCUCACUCUCCUUACCCUCAACAACCGAAUUACGCCGGUGGCCCUCCAUCACAGUCACCUUACCCCUCUCAGCCCACAUACGCCCAGUCGCCAGCACCGCAAUCGCAGAAUUAUCUUGCCCCCUAUCAGCCUCAGCAACAGCAGUACUCUCGUCCAGGCUCAGCCCACUCCGAUGUCGGUUACCCGCCCCCUGCAUACUCGGCGGACAACCAACAUUCAUCAGCCGCCGGAUCCCCAUACCCGCGCCCUCACUCCGCCGAUCCUUACGCCUCGCAAGAAGACCGUGACCCUAACCGUCAACAUGCACAAGAAGGCGAAGAUGGUGAGAGAGGUCUAGGCGCCACGCUUCUUGGUGGCGGUGCUGGUGGUCUCCUAGGCCACAAAUUAGGCAAGGGAAAGCUAGGUACUAUCCUAGGAAGUGCUGUAGGUGCGGUGGCUGCCAAUAUGGUUGAACACAAGUUACAAGGGCGAAAUUCAAACCAGAACCAAGGGCACGGCCACGGUCAUCAUGGACACCACGCACCUCCGUCCGACGGAGGUUAUUACUAUGGCGCCCCUCAAGGACAUCAUCAUAGCCACGGACAUCACGGGCACCACCACAGCCACCAUAGCCAUCACAGCCAAGGAUGGUAGAGUAACGAAUUCUUGAAUACUUCACUUUGAAGAAAGCCGGAAAAUGAACAGUCUUUUUAAUGGUUCUUGAAGAUAGAGUUAUUAUAAUGGCGUAUUGAUUGGGCUUGGUAUAGGGUUUUAUGAAUUCAGUGACGAAAUGGUGGAACGUUGGAGUGAUUCACUCUAGAUAGGUUCAGGAUCGAUACCCUGGCCUGGGUUGGCCCUUAUAUUCAUUCAUCACGAAAUUCCUAGUUUGAGACGUAAAGCAUGACAAAUGAAAUAAUGAUAUUGUUACCACGAGCAGUUCUUGAUCCCUUUUCG